AACGGGGAAAGCAGAGUGGUGGCAGCAUCGGACCUAUAUAAACAGACAAACUAGACCGAGUGUGGGAAAGUAAGACAAGCAUCCAAUGGUCUAGGAAAAAGGAAGAACAAAUUGAUGUGUUGAUAAAAUUCACAGUGGGAUACUAGUCAUACCCGUUCUGGGACAGCGUACCUUACCCAGACUGUGUUCGUCUGUGUUGUCAGAAUGUAAAAUCCGACUCUCCAGGUGUGUUACAGGUCCCAGUCUAGACUUGAUGAUGCCGCCAGUGCUGGAUAGAAGGGCUCAGCAACUAACAGUCACCCGUCCUACGCCGCCCUCUGGUGUGUGAAACAGGAACUUCAGGCAGGAUGGAGCAUGUGGUGCUGGACGGGAUGGACAUGGAGAUUGUCAAGCACUACAACCACUCGGGGAAAUGGGGGCGUCCGCGGAGCAGCGGGGCCUGUAAGACGGCCCUGCUGCUGAUGAUCUGCGUGCUCAUCGUGCUGGAGAACGUCACUGUGUUGCUGGCCCUGUGGAGGAAUAAGCGCUUCCACAACCGCAUGUACGUCCUCAUUGGCAACCUGGCACUGUCCGACCUGCUGGCCGGCGUGGCCUACGUGGUCAACAUCUUCACCUCGGGCAGCCGCACCUUCUACCUCAAGCCGGCUCAGUGGCUGGCGCGUGAGGGAAGCAUGUUCGUGGCCCUCAGCGCCUCCACCUUCAGCCUGCUCGCCAUUGGCAUCGAGCGUCACAUGACGAUGGUCCGCCUGCGGCCCUGCAAGGUGGCGGGGCGGGGUCGGCUGCUGGGGCUGCUGGGGGCAUGCUGGGCGGUGUCAGUGCUGCUUGGCGCUCUGCCUAGCCUCGGCUGGAACUGCCGGAACCAGCUGUCCUCCUGCUCCACCGUGCUGCCCCUAUACGACAAGAAAUAUGUGGCUUUCUGCAUCAGCGUCUUCACCGGCCUGCUGGUGGCCAUCGUCAUCCUCUACAUCCGCAUCUACCAGCUGGUGACGUCGAGCGGGAGACGGGUGAGCAGCCGGCCCUCGGAGCGCUCGCUGGCCUUGCUGCGCACUGUGGUCAUCGUGCUGGGCGUAUUUGUGGUGUGCUGGGCGCCCCUCUUCCUGCUGCUGCUCCUGGAUGUGGGCUGCAGCCCGACGCGCUGCCCUGUGCUGUACCAGGUGGACUGGUUCAUCGCCCUGGCCGUGCUCAACUCGGCCCUCAACCCCCUCAUCUACACCCUGUCCAGCCGGGAGAUGAGGGCCGCCUUCUUCCGCCUGCUGUGCUGCUGCCAGCCGCACCUAGACUCCCCGCCUGCCAAUGCAGCCGCCCCCCACCUGGGCACGGUCAUCCCCACGGUGGAGAACAGUAAGUCCAGCAUCGGCGGCAGUGGGAGUGGGGUGACAGGGGCAGCCCGGGGGCCGCCCACCAAGGGUAAGAUACCAACUCCCUUGAGUUCCAGCCACCAGCGGGCUGACCCUCCCGCCCCCACGCCCUCACACCCCUCUGGCCCUGCUGACCUGUUCUCUGCGGUCCUGGUUAAGGCGGGGGCGCUCCCCUCACUGGGAAAGUUCUGACAUCAUGACACAGUCUGAUGCUGCAUCUCUGCUCAUCUGCCCUGUUCUGGAAUAAUCUCAGUGCUCUAACCCAGGGGCUCCCUCAUACUGGUACGCCCAGAUUCCAGAUCUACACCCCUGAGGACACACAUCCAGUGACAUCCCUGCAUUUGCUGUUAAGAUAACCACUUCCACAACAGAGACUUUGAGACACAAGUGCAUAUAACUGAAUCCUCAGCAAGGGCAGACAGCUCUUU